UCCAAUCAGCCUUACAUGAAAGCUGUGUGCACCUCGUCCACAUCGGCGCGCUGCUCUGUUCUCAUCUGGUCCCCUGAAGUCCAGGCUCCAGCGGGAGGCUCCGCCCCUUUACGAGCGUCGGACACCUUCAGCACAACAAAGUGCGAGUCGCCCCGCAACAUUGUUUCUGCUCUGAACGUGCGGAAUAUAGGAUUUUAUCGGAUUUGGGCUGUUUGCUUUUCUGUCGAUGCUAAUCCUAUAGUAGUGGCUACCAUGACAACAGAGGCAAGUGUGGUGAGUGAGGCGGACACUGAGGGCAAGCAGAAGGCUAGUGGCGCCGAGCCCGAACCUGACCCAGAGAACAAGCAGAAGCCAGAGGAAGCAGCGUCUGAGCCAGAGGGGGAGCAGUCGAGCAAGAAGACCCAGGAGCAGUCUUCUGAACCUGGGCCUGCAGAAGCAGCAGCCUCUCCUGAGGAGGAGCAGCUGAAGCCUAGUACCAGGACCUCAGCAGGCAAAGGCCUGUCUCGCCUCUUCUCAUCUUUCCUCAAACGCCGCUCACAGUGCUCUGAAGGAGAGGGGUUUGAAGCAGAGAAAGCCAGGGAGGAAAAGGCGGACAAAGAGGAAAAGGCAGACAAGGCAGAAGAGGAGAAGGAAGAGGAAAAGGUGAAAAGUGAAGAGAAGGAGGCUAAAGAAGAAGUGGAACAAUUAGAGGUAAAACAAGUGAAAAAGAGAGAUGAAAAACAAAAAGAGGUAAAAAAGAAAGAAGAAAAAUUUGAGAAGGGCAGUAAAAAGAAAAAGAAGAAAGUAGAGGAAAAGGAUGAGGAGAAGGUGAAAAAGGACGAGGCAGAAAAGGAAGAGAAAAAGAAGAGGAAAGAGAAAGGAAAGAACAAAGGAAGGAAGGUGGAGAGGGAAAUGAAAAGGCUGAGUGAGAAGAAGAUGAAAGCACCGAUUGCUGCUCCGGAGCCUGAGCUUAAAACUGAGCUAGACACUGAACAGGCUCCUGAUCAGCACUCAGUAAGCAGCGCAGAGAUACAGCUAGCUCAAGAGGAUAACAAAGAGGAAGCUGAGAUGUUGGACGAAGUGAAGGAAGAGGACACAGAGAAAAGAGAGGGAGAACCUGCAAAUCAUGAGAAAGAAAGUCCAGAAGAAGAAGAGGCAAAAACGGAGAAGACAACAAAGAAGGCAGAAGAGGCCAAAGGCUCCAAACGUCAGAAGACCAUGCAGUGCCAAGUCACCUUACUGGAUGACACUCAGUUUGAGUGUGAACUUGAUAAACAUGCAAAAGGUCAGGAACUUAUUACAAAAGUGUGUGACCAUGUUAACCUGCUGGAGAAAGAUUACUUUGGCCUCGCUUACUGGGAAACGCCAACUAGCAAGACAUGGUUGGAACCCACAAAAGAAAUCCGGAAACAGGUUUCUGGUGCCGUGUAUGAGUUUACAUUCAGUGUCAAGUUCUACCCUCCUGAUCCAGCACAGCUUACUGAAGACCUCACCAGGUACUUUCUGUGUCUCCAGCUGAGGAAGGACAUCAUGCGUGGAGUUCUUCCCUGUUCCUUUGUCACACUGUCCCUGCUGGGCUCCUACACAGCCCAGUCAGAGCUUGGAGAAUAUGACCCGGAGCUUCAUGGAACAGACUAUGUUAAAGAUCUGAGCCUUGCCCCUGGACAGAGCAAAGAGCUGGAAGAAAAAGUGAUGGAGCUGCACCGCACAUACAGGUCAAUGAGUCCAGCCCAAGCAGACAUGUUGUUUCUGGAAAAUGCCAAGAAACUUGCCAUGUAUGGAGUUGACCUGCACCAAGCCAAGGAUCUUGAUGGAGUUGACAUUACACUGGGUGUUUGUUCCAGUGGUCUUAUGGUUUACAAGGACAAACUGAGGAUCAACCGUUUCCCUUGGCCUAAAGUGCUCAAGAUCUCUUACAAGCGCAGCAGCUUUUUUAUCAAAAUAAGGCCAUCGGAGCAAGAGCAGUAUGAAAGCACAAUUGGCUUCAAACUACCCAACUACAAAGCUGCAAAGAAGUUGUGGAAAGUUUGUGUUGAACACCAUACCUUCUUCAGAGUUUCAACAGUGGAGACUCCAUCAUCACGGCGCUUCCUUGUCUUGGGCUCAAAGUUCCGGUACAGCGGACGUACUCAGGCCCAGACCCGCCAAGCAAGUUCUAUGAUUGACCGUCCAGCUCCUCGCUUCACACGCUCUGCAAGCAAGAGGCUGUCCCAUAACCUAGAUGGAGCUGGAGAUGAGACUCUCCAGUUUGUGCAACAGCUUUCAGCAUCAACCGAGUCUGAGGUUGAUGACUGGUCCUUGACGCUGACAUCUGACAAACCUCAGCCUUCUCCUGAAUUCCAAGCCAGAGGGGAGUCUGAGCAAAUGUUUAUUCGGCCCUGGGAGGAGGGUCAGUCUGUUCACAUAGUCACAGUAACCUGGCAGGACACUGAGACUGGGCAGACUGGCUCUCAGGUCAUCACCCAGUCAGUCACUGAGGAGCUGGCAUCUGACACUGAGACUGGGCAGACUGGUUCUCAGGUCAUCACCCAGUCAGUCACUGAGGAGCUGGCAUCUGACACUGAGACUGGGCAGACUGGUUCUCAGGUCAUCACCCAGUCAGUCACUGAGGAGCUGGCAUCUGAUGAGCAACAACAAGGGGGAAAGGAAGAUGAGGAGUGGUCUACACUACUGCAUCGCCAUCCUUCAUUUCCCUUUGUCCCACCUUUUGAUUCUGUGAAAGAGCCAGCUAAGCUCAGCUUGGCAAAGAGGAACUCUUUUGACAGGCUUUUGCAACCAGUGUUAAAACUGCAAGAUGACUGGUUCCUAUACUUUGAUCGAAUCUUCAGCCUGUCCCCACUUGAACAUGUCGACAAACCAUUCUCACCUCCAGCCCGGUUCCGGGUCCAAAAGAAGGAGGAACAGGGCAUAAGUGUGGGAGAGCAGGUGCUAACCAACGAGGAGGUCACUGAGAGGCAUCAGGAAAAAGUGAUCUUGGUAGACAAGCUCAGGGAGGUGAAUGUUUUGGAAAGGAGGCUGAGGGAAGUGAGGGGUUUUGAGGAAAAGCUCCAAGAAGUGGAUGGUAUGGCAGCGAGACUUCAGGAGGUAAUAGAGGAAGAACUGGGAGAGGAGGAGGUUGACAAGUUAAGAAAAGAAGAGGGAGAUUUGGAGCGGGAAAAACAAAUACAAGUGGAACGUAUAACUGAAAGAGUGGUGAAGAAAUAUGUUAGGAGCAUAGAGACAGAAGAAGAUGAAGUGGAUGAGUUGGAAGAGGAAAUAAAAAAGGUGUUUUUAAAAGGCUUGUUGCCUGAAGAGGGAGAGCUCAGGGUGAAGCAAGAGAGCAAAAUGGUGAAAGGUGAGAUUCUGUUAGAUGAUAGUUUGAGAGAGAAGCUACUCCAGAUAGAAAAAGAAUGGCAAGAUGAGGUGGAAGAGAGGUUUGGCCUAUGGCAAGAUGAGGUGGAAGAGAGGUUUGGCCUUCCAGAUGGUGUCGGCACCAGCUCUGUAGUAGCAUACCAGAAGGUGGAGCAUAGGACUAAGAAGGGUCUGACAACUAUAGAUGAGAGAGGGGAGCAGCAGGAAGAUAUGGAAGAUGUGCUGCUACAGCCUGGUGCAAUAUCACAGGAGGUGUUAGAAAAACAAAAGAUAUGGCGUAAGACAGAAUUAGUGGAGGAGAGAAUGGAGAGAGAAGUACAGGAGAGAUCUCUCAUGGAUGAGGAUGUCUGGUUCAUAGUGUUUGAUCGCCCUCCGUACAAAGCUGCUUUCAAACCACUAGUUACCACUGUGGAACAUGCUCAGGUGGAUGAAGGUGAGUAUUUCACCUCAAAGACUGAGAUUGCGACAGUUGAGAAGAAAAUAGAGAGCAUAGCAGAGGAGAGACAAAUAAGGGAAGAGGAAGUGUACGGUGCACCGGAGAUCUCACCCUCACAGAUGGUCACAGAAAGAGAGGAUGACUGGUUUGUGUUGCUGGAUGUUAUUCUGAGAGAAACGCCUUAUGUACCACCAGUUAUCUUGAAGAGACGAGACCAGAUGGACGCCGAAGGCUUGGUCUCUGUGGUUGGAAUUGCAGCAAGUGAGGCGAUUAGAGAAGUGGUUGCUGAAAGGAGAAAGAUAAUAGGAGAGGCUCCAGCUCACAUACAAGAAAUCCCACAACAGCCAGUGACAGACAGAGAUGAUGACUGGUUUGAGUUGCUGGAUGCUGUUCCCAUAGAGACAUCAUAUGUACCACUAGUUGCUGUUGUGGAGCAAGUGUCUCCAGAAGAACGUGUCUCUGUGGUUGAAAUCACAGCAGUUGAGCGGAGGGAGAGAAGAGUGGAGGUUGUUAUAGAAGACGGAGAAAUAAAACCAGAGCUGAGGGAAAAGCAAGUAGUUGCACUUCCACAGGCUGUGAAAGAGAGAGAAGAAGACUGGUUUGUGCUGCUGGAUGUUCCCAUUAGAGAACCAGCAUUUGUUCCACCAGUUGCCAUGGCCAAGUAUGUUCAGCUUUAUCCUGAAGUAAAGAUUUCUACUGCUGUUGAAACAGUAGCAAUCGAGUCCAAGAAGGAGGUUGUAGUUGAAGAGACUAUGGUACAGAGAGAAGAAAAGAAGCCUCCUGUGCAAAUAAUUUCAAGACAACAAAUAUCCCAGCCAGUGAAAGAAAGAGAUGAUGAUUGGUUUGUGCUGCUAGAUGCUGUUCCCAGAGAAACUUCUUACGUGCCUCCAGUUUCAUUGGCAGUAUUGAGCCAAAUUUAUCCAAGUGUUGAACAUGAAAUUGAGGUGAUAAGCAUAGAGCAGAAGCUGCAGCAGGUCGAUCGUGACCAGCUUAGACCACAGCCUCCCCAGCCACUGCUUGAGAGAGAUGAUGACUGGUUUGUGCUGUCUGAUCCUAUUCAUAAAGAGCCAGCCAUGCUGCCGACAGUUACUCCUCUUGCAAUUAUUCCGGAUAUGAAGAAGACAUCUAUGGCUGAGGUGACAACCACAGAGACUAGAAUGUGGAAGAAGAUGAUAAUUGGCGUGGACAGCAGGCAAGAUGAGACGCGUUUGUCUGAAAUUAGACCGAUCCAAAUUGCACCACUGGCAGAAAGAGAAGGGGGAGAUGAUUGGUUUGUCCUGUUUGACGUCAUCCGAGAAAAGCCUGUUGUCAUACCACCAGUUGCUGUGGGUGAACCUAUCCGUCUGUAUGCUGAAACAAGACCAGCUAGAGAUUUUGCAGCCAUAGAGCAGAGAGCACAGCAGAGAGUUGCUCUAGUAGAGGAGAUGUGGCAGCAGGAGCAGGUGGUACAGCACAGACCACGUCCAGCAGUCAGAGAGGUUGAAGAUGAUUGGUUUAUUCUUCUGGAUGUGACCCCUAAGAAAUCAGUCACUGUCUCUGAGUGCAUCCAGUUCCCGGUAGAGGCCAGACACCCACCUGCUGUGGCCAAAACAAGGAUUGCUAUUUCUGAGAUGAGACCACAGUUUGAGAAACGGAUCCUGGAAGAAAGACAUCCUAUCCCAUAUACACAUGUCAGUGAUGACUGGUUUGCUAUACUAGAUGCUGGCCACAAAGAGUCAGUGGUGAGCAUGCAGAGGGGCACCCGUCCUGUCAGUGCUCCGGUCUUCUCCCAUGCUGCUCUGGUAGAGGCAGGGAUUCCCAUGGCCCCUUUUGAACAGCCCCAGACCUCUACUCCAAUCAAAACCAGCCACCAGGUGGAAAGAAAACUGGAGGUCACUGUUGAAGCAGUGGAGCCCUCAAAAAUUGAGGCUGUGGCUGAGGUCAAGCCAGCAGUGUGGAGGGACCAGAGAGAAGUAGACUCUUCACUUAUAUCCACCAUCAAUGGGGACAUUCAGCACGAGUCUGAGGUGGCGAGCACGGAGGUGAUCCGAAUGCGAAAGAGAAGAGCAAAGAAAAUUGAGGGUGACUCAAUUUAUAUCAGACAUAGCAUUUUAAUGUUGGAGGAAUUCGAUAAGCCACAGGAUGACCUGCUCAGGCAUCAUGCCAGUAUCAGUGAGCUGAAGAGGAACUUCAUGGAAGCAGUCCCAGAGUCGAGGCCCAGCGAGUGGGACAAGCGCCUGUCCACACACUCUCCGUUCCACACCCUGGGAAUCAAUGGUCAACCUUUGCCCAGUGCGGAUGGGAGCUUGUGCAAAAGUUCCCUAUGCAGUGGUUCAGAGGAAAAAGCUACACAUGAGGAAACCAGCAGCACUUUGGGCUUUUUGACCAAACCCAGCUCCACUGUGAGCCACAAGAGUGAUCCCCAUAGUGUUGAAGCCCAUGGCACUCCUCUUGAGGAAGAGUCAUGUGAUCAAGAUGAGGUUGUAGUUUUUGAGACCACCUUGGUGCCCAUCGUAGAGGUGGAGAUGGCACAUCUACCUCCUUCCCACGACGACUCCUGUAAGGCUUUAGCUGAAACCCAGGGGGAAGAAGAAUCACACCCUGGAGUGUUGGAGUGCUCUAGGAGGAUAGCUGGAUCUUCCCCAGCCUCCUAUUUCAGGAGCGAUGGUCCGCAUGUCAUACGCUGCUUCCAGCCCCCUCUGGUGCAGACCCAGACAGUCACCAUCACAGCUGUCUCCAACUUCUUAUCUAGUGGCAUCUCCACCACAGAGGUCCCCAUCGUCCCGACCAAGACCUUCACCUAUGAAUCUUCAAAGGUGGCAGUUGAUGGGACUGACGAGAUCAAAGAUGGCACAACAUCGUCCAGCUCCAGCACCUUUACCUCAGAGACUGCCAGUGGCACCACAUUUACCACCACUACCACUCACAUUUCAAAGGUAGUAAAAAGUGGAUCUUCACAAACCCGUGUGGAAAAGAGAAUUGUCAUAACUGCAGAUUCUGACAUUGACCAAGCUAAGGAGAAACAUGGCGGAGCAUCAGCAUUGUAACUGAAACACAACCUUCAUUCAUUCCUGUACCUCUUCACUUCUGACAUCCCUUCGUACGAGUGCAGCGCUCAACACACACCAGCCCUGUGUAUACACACACACACACACACACACACAUAUAUAUAUAUAUAUAUAUAUAUACACAUAUGUCAUACAUCUGCACCUAAAGUUAUUGAUAACAGAGUUGAUCUUUUUUUUCUGUAGUUGAGCUGUCUAGAUUAGAGGAGGGCUGCACAGUGUGUGAGUUUUCUAUAAAUGCUUACAGUAUAUCAUCCUGGUUUUCUAAAGGUUUAAUGAAUACACAUUUAUUGGUUUAAAUGCUAUAUUUUCAGUUGAGUGAUCUGUUAUGUUUGCUUUUAAAGACUUUUAUUUUCCUAGUGGUUUUUACAAAUGUUAAUUUUAUUAAAAAUGCACCUUUUCCAUUCUAGUUUAGACAGUGUUAUCAGCCUUUAUUCCCUUGGUGCUGCUUGGGGAAGGUUAAGAUUACAUUCAAGGGAACUCUUUGUUGUUUACUUCUCUGGUUAAUUCAGGAGAGGUAUUAUGUGAAAUGAAAUUGCAUACCUCACAUCAAUAUGUGAACAAAGAUCUGUGCUCAGAUUCGGACAGUUUUGUUUGGCUUUGUUCACUGCUCAGGUACAAAAACAAAAACCUAAAACAUUUCUUUUCCAACCAGCCAAGAACCAGUAGCCUACACGUUAUUGUAAAGUUUGAAUUAAAAAUUUAUCUAUUUUGAAAUACUACUCUAUUUUAUAGAAUUAAUGCUUUUAUAGUAUUUGUACAAAUUGGAAGUUUUUAAGUUAUUCAUACCCAUCUGCUGAUCAAAUUUAGCUCUUUACGCAGUUUUUAAGUCUGUGUGGGAGCUGCUUAUUGUCUUGCAUGACACCUUGAAUCAUUCUUACUUGUUUCCUCUUGUAGUCCACCAAGUUUAUCAGACCAUUCACAAGUUACAUAUAACAACGGAGUGCUUCCUUCUGCCCUAUGUUUUGUUCAGUAGCAAAGAAGUCAUAAUUGCUUUCAAUAUGUAAGUUUUACAAGCUUUGUUUGGUCUGUUUAUCUCAGGUUUUGGUAUUCGUUGUAAGACUACAGACCUCCACAUGAUUGUAUGAGGAAAGUCCAUAUAUGUAUAUCCACCCCUAAUUUAAAUGUACCUUUAUGUUCAGCCAGGUGAGGUGUGUGAAUUUAAAAAGGUUGUCUCAGUAACCACAUGUUUAAGUGGUGAAGGCAGCUGCCCCACUACAUGUGGCUUUUCUCUCAUAGGAACACAAGUUGUCUUUUUUUACAUGUUCUACUAUACAGUAAUUUAUUUGUAAAGUAGGAACCCUUUGAUGUGAUUUGAUGUACUAUGGUGUUUCAGUACAAGUUGAUGUCCAGGCUUCCAUUAGAGAUGUAACAAUGUUGACUAUUGCAUUCAUUAGAAACCACGUCUGUAAAGCCUUUAGCCAUAUAGUCUAAGUAGAUUGCUCUUACCAGCUAUAUUUCAUAGAGGAAAAGCCACUUCAAAUAUAUGAAUAUAUGAAUCCCUUUUAGAUAGUGUUUGUUAGCAAACCUUCCUUUUAACCUAAAAAAAAGCCAUUGGUAUUGUAGCUACAUGGACGACGACAGCAACCUCUCCAUGAAGAACAAAAUAGUUUUUAGACGGUGGAAAACAUUGCUUUGUGACUUGUCUUUUUAUGAAAAAAUAAAAUGUGCAUUAUUUUGCAUUUUGGUGGUCUGCCUGUAUGUGAAACAUACAACUUCAAGUAUAAAAGAGAUCUUUGUAAGAAAUAAAUAUUUAAUGGCAUUCACUUGUUCCAUAACAGAUGUUCAAUCUACACAAAACUCUUGAGAGGAAAGAAUGUCACUUCUGGCUAGAGCACAAAACCAUAAUGUAAACAUGAUUAAAGUUCAAAUACAGAAAUAUCAGCAGUACGUUAGUUGUCUGCAGAAACAUAGCCAAAGAAAAUCAAGUGUAAUAAUGAAAACGAAAUGAAGAAUAGGUCCAUUUUAAGGUAAGGUCUUAACUUUCUGCCUCUAACUUGGUAUCGUUUCCUAAAAAUAGCUGAACGCAUUUACAGAUAUUGCUGUUUUCAAAUUAAAAUCCCACAUCUUAAGAAAAAAUAUUCAGCAUCCAUUCUACAGCACAACUUAAUAUGAUCUGAUGAAAUAUAAUGUUAACUUUGAUUAAGGACUGCAUCCCUAGGGCAAACCUAUCAGGGGCUGGUGACAAGACUUCAGGUUACAUUCAAUCACCUGCAAUUAAGCCAUAAAGUACGCUGGAGCCUUCACCAUUACUGUGUUAAAGCCACUUUUCUGUGUAAAAAAAA